AUGAUUGACACCGGAGCCGCCUUCAAUGUCGUCACUACUAGGACCAUGCACUUGCUAGGGAUCAAGAGGGAGAAGAUCAAGUCUACGUCCCUCGCGCUCAAGAACUUCGCGGGAACUGUGACGAAGACCUUAGGAUUGCUGUUCCUGCGCAUUAAGGUCGGUCCAGCAGAGGGGGUGUAUGCUUUCUUUGUCACGGACCACUAUGCGGCCUAUAGUGCUAUUUUGGGCAGAGACUGGAUCCAUCGGAGCUAUUGCGUACCAUCGGAGCUUCAUCAGGAAUUGGUUGUAUGGAACAGAGAAACAGACACAGCCGAGGUAAUCAAAGCGGACCCUCGCCCAUUCCCAGUAUUCACGAACUACGUAGAUGCCAGAUACUAUUUGGAACCUAUCACUCCAUUGCAGAAUGGCAAGAUGCGGGUCUGCGUGGAUUAUAGAGACCUGAACCUUGCUACACCUAAGGAUGUUUACCCCAUGUCGGUCGCGGAUAUGUUAGUAGACGCUGUAGCAGGACAUGAGUUGUUGUCCUUCAUGGAUGGCACUGCAGGAUAUCACCAAAUUCCGGUCGCUGAGGAGGACAGACAUAAAACCGCUUUCUGCUGUCCCGGAUUCGCGGGUGUUUUUGAGUAUGUGGUCAUGCCCUUUGGGUUAAAGAACGCUGGGGCAACGUAUCAGAGGGCCAUGAACCUGAUCUUCCAUGACAUCCUUGGGAAGAUUCUAGAGGUUUAUAUCGAUGACGUAGUUGUGAAGUCUUGGAAAAGAGGAGACCACAUCGCAGAUCUCAGAAAGGUAUUUGAGCUAAUGCGACGACACAAGCUCAAGAUGAAUCCCGUUAAAUGCGUUUUCGGAGUUCAAGCAGGAGAUUUUCUAGGGUUCAUUGUCCAUCAGCGAGGGAUCGAGGUCCCAGAAGACAAAGCGAGCACCGUCAUCAACGCAUCUCCCCCACGAACGAAGAAGGAAUUGCAGCGUUUGUUGGGUAAGAUUAAUUUCUUGAGACGCUUCAUCUCUAACUCUGCCGGUAAGAUCCAGCCCUUCUCGCCAUUAUUGAAGUUACAGGGGCAAAGCGAGUUUGUAUGGGAGCCUAAGCAUCAAGAGGCUUUCGACAGAAUUAAGGCUUAUUUAGCGAGCCCGCCAGUGCUGGUUCCUCCCAGGGCUGGAUUUCCAUUGAAGUUAUAUAUCUCCGCCGCUGAGGCUUCCAUUGGCAGCCUGCUCGCUCAGGAUGAUGAGGGAGGCAUCGAGCACGCUAUAUUCUACCUCAGCCGGACACUGACGGAUUGUGAGACAAGGUAUACUCCUAUGGAAAAGCUGUGUCUUACUUUGUACUUCUCAGCGUGCAAGUUGCGGCACUACAUGUUAUCCUUUACUACCUGCAUCAUUGCUCAAACCGAUUUGGUCAAGUACAUGUUAUCACGACCUAUUCUGCAAGGCCGCAUUGGCAAGUGGGUACUAGCUCUUUCUGAGUUUUCGCUACAGUAUGUACCUCAGAAGGCUGUAAAAGGACAGGCCAUCGCGGACUUUCUAGCGCACCUUCCCAUGGUGGAUAUUCCCGCGACGAAUGAGCUAGAGAUAGUAACCACAACUGCUUCUAGGCUAGAUUUGGCGCGCAUACCAGAAUAUGCAGCGGAGUAUGAGGCUCUUAUUAUCGGGCUUGAAGUUUUAUUGGAACUAGGAGUCAGGGAUGUUCAGAUACGCGGCGAUUCUCAGCUUGUGAUCAAUCAGCUUCAAGAGAAAUACAUAUGUGCUAGCUGGUUGCUCAUGCCAUACUUGAAUCGUGCCAUUGAGCUUUUGGAUCAAUUUGACGACGUCAACUUGGAGUACAUCCCUCGCGAGCGCAAUUUCAAGGCUAAUAAGCUCGCUCAACUGGCCACGGGCUUUACCUUGAAGUACGGGGUUCGCGAGCGUAUUCUGAAAGUUGAGCGUCGCACAUUACCUUCAUGGCUCGCAUGGCCUGACCCGCCUGACGACCCAGUAGUCGCGCAGCUUGAACCUAUCGAUGUUGAUUGGCGCAUUCCGUUGAUCAAUGAUCUCAAGCGACCAGACCCCACAGCUGACAGGAAGAUUCGAUUUCUUGCUUUGAAUUUCUUCCUCAGGGGCGAUGAGCUGCGACGGCGUGGAGAAGAUGGCAUGGACUUCCGUUGUGUCUAUGGCCGCGAAGCGAAACGAUUAAUGCGUGAAGCACACACAGGGAUUUGUGGAGCUCAUCAGGCAGGACCUAAGAUGCGAUGGCUCAUCAGGAGACACGGUUAUUACUGGCCCAGCAUUUUAAAGGAUUGCAUAGCAUUCGCCAAAGGAUGUGAAGAUUGUCAGGCGCAUGGUCCAAUCCAGCAUAUUCCUAACAUUCCCAUGCAGCCCAUCAUCAAGCCUUGA